AAAAAUGAGUUUUAUUAUAACACACAACUCAUUAAUGGGGGGUCUAACACUCAAUUGUGGCAGGUUCUGUUUUUUAACUCUCUUUUGGGUUGUACGGAGAGAGUUGCUGGGAAGACAGAGAGCCGUUACCCAAAACACCAAAUUCUCCAGACUAGCAAAUCACAAAUCGACAUAGUCUUACUCCCACACCACCUGGCAGCUCUACAUUGGGCCACAGGGAGACUUACUGAUCGUGUUUUAUCAGUACAGAUAUGGAUUGAAACAUGCUUACACUCAUUUUCUGGUCCAUGGGUCAUCUCAUGCUGUUUUAGCAAUUGGGUCCCUUGAAUGAAUUCUAUCCUUUGGUAAACAGGGGAAAUUGUUAUUUAUUUGUCACUCUUAUGGGAAAUUUUCAUACUCGAAUAGGACUGAAACAAGGCAUCACUUAUCUUUUUACCCCUUUGAUCUGGGUAAUGAUAAAUUUGCUUUGAAAUGUGAGAGCAAGAGGUAUUUUUGAAGUAAGUACAGGAUUUGAUAAAGUGUGUAUUGGAUUGGAGACCUUGGUAGAUACUCGGAUUGGAAAAAGGUGGAACUUUUUGUCAUUUGGUUGGCCCAUUUUUAGCCUAGAUUGGUACUGAAACACGGAUUUGUUUUUGAGCCUUUUCUUUUGGAUAGUCCAAUUUUUCAUUGAAAUGUGAAAGCAGGAGGUAUUUUUGAACUGGGUAUAGGGUUUUAUAAAGUGGGUACUAAAUCUGAGGCUUGAUAGAUACCUUGAUGUUCGUAAAUGAGUUUUUGGCAUAUAGGUUUUAGUUACGUGGUCUAGAUUGAUACUGAAACAAGGAUUGUUUUUGUUCACCUUUCAGUUGAGUAGGCUAUGUUUGCAUUGGCAUGUGAGAGCAGGCGGUAGUUCUGAAGAGUGUAUAUGUUCUUGCGAACUGUUUGUUGUGUUUGAGGCCCUGAUAGAUAUGUUGAUGUGAAAAAGGGGGGAUUUGUUCAAGUGGGUGGUGAAUUAUUGAGCCUGAAAGACCUUAUAAGCGGCAAAUUUAGAGGCUUGGAUUAAGAUGGAAGUAGGGGAGAUGGGAGGAGGAGGAGGAGGAAGUGCCGAGAAAGUAAAGGAACAUACAUUUGAAGCCAAUGAUCUGCUUAAAGGUUUGAAGAAGAUAAGAAGAGAGAGAGGAUCAACUGCAAAGGAACGGAUCAGCAAAAUGCCGCCAUGUGCUGCGGGCAAAAGAAGCUCUAUAUACAGAGGUGUCACAAGGCAUAGAUGGACAGGGAGAUAUGAAGCUCAUCUUUGGGAUAAAAGCACCUGGAACCAGAACCAAAACAAAAAGGGCAAGCAAGUUUAUCUAGGCAAGUUUUACUGAAAACCUUAGGUUCCUUUUCCUCUUCAGAUUAUUCUUUUGGUGGCAUUGUUCUAACUAUGUUGGAAACUAGGAUGAAUCUACAGGUGCUUAUGAUGAGGAAGAAGCUGCAGCUAGAGCUUAUGACCUUGCUGCUCUUAAAUAUUGGGGUCCUGGAACUCUUAUUAAUUUUCCUGUCAGUGACUAUUCUAGAGACAUUGAGGAGAUGAAGAGUGUUUCAAGAGAAGAUUACCUGGCUUCUCUGAGAAGGAAAAGCAGUGGUUUUUCAAGGGGAAUGGCAAAAUACCGAGGGAUACCAAAACAAUUGCAAAAUAGCAAAUGGGAGGCAAGUUUUAGCCGAAUUUUAGUGAACAAAUAUUUCAACACUGGAAACUGCACUACAAGUGAGGAUGCAGUGGCAGCAUAUGAGUUGUCACAAGCGGAAUUUGGAGCUUUUGGCCCAGUUGGAAACGUUGAUUUGAGUUCCUAUGUCAGGUGGUGGCAACCUAACAAAUCGCAUGACAUCGGAACUUCUGCACCCAGAUUUGGUGAUGAAUCUCAUUCAAUGUCUGAAGAGAGACCAGCUUUAGGAGAGGAACCAGAGACUCCUGAAUGGCCAGGGCAGGCUUGUGAGCCAUAUCAGUUGCCUUCAUUAGGUGUAUCUCCCAAUGCACGGCACCACCCUUCUCCAGUGUCUGCUCUCAGUAUCUUGAAUCAAUCCUCCUCAUUUAAGCAGAUGCUUGAAAAAGCUUCUGUACAAAAAUGUGACACUGAUAAAGAUAAAAAUGUUGGUACUACUUUAGAAAAUACAAAAUUGGACAAAGGUAAAGGCAAAGAUUGUCUCGUAGAGGACAUAGCGGUUUUAAAAGAAUCUGGAUGUAGUUCAGGAGCUUAUCAGACAGCUGGCCAAACAAGUGCUUUAUUUCCUUUUGCAAAAGUUCCAUCUGCAGCUCCAGUUCAAGAGUGCAAUAACAUGACACCUGUGUCUGAAUCCUUAUGGACCAGUCUUGGGCCAACCAAUGGUGGAAUUUCCCUGGCAAAUGCAGUUGGUAUUUGUUGAAGGGAUAUUUCUUGUAUAUUCUGUGUUCAAUUGAUACUAUAACCAAUGAUAGACUGAUACAAGUAAAUAUGUUGUGUAGUGUGUAACAUGUACAGUUCACAACAUCAAACUGACCCUUUGAUUGUUUCAAGAGCACAAUGUUUUCUUUAAUAUAUUGAAUUUGAUA